AUGGCGCUGGAUGCCGUCCCGUUUGAAUGUGGCCGACGAGGCUACAAAGUGGGGAAAAGGCCCCGAUAUCACUACCGGCAGUCGCUGGUCCGCGCUGUAGCCUACGUGCACAGGUUCGUGUGCAACAUGUGUUGCAAAGUUAAGAAGCAACCUGCAAACUGUACGGAAUGGCUAAGUCGCGAUGAACUGCAGCGAGCGGAGACAACUAUUUUCAAGCUUAUCCAGCACGGAACUUUCGGGAACGAGAUCGUUAUUCUCAAGCGCAAUCAGCAAUUUCCUGCUGGCGAACAACUGCAGCUGGACAGAACCAGCAUGAUUUGCAAGCUUUCUCCUUUUCUGGACGAGCAGGACGUCAUGCGGAUGGGCGGUAGAAUCGCACGUGCACAGCAGGUUUCGUUCGACUUUAAGUUCCCAGUUAUUCUGCCCGCGCGACACGGCGGCACUACACUUCUGGUCGAUUGGUACCAUCGGCAGUACAAGCACUACAAUGCGGAAACAGUGGUGAAUGAGAUGCUUCAAAGGCGCGCUGGCAUCACUAUCUACCGGGGCCAAGCCCUUCGGACGCUCCUGGUGGAAGCGGAAUCCAUCGUAAAUUUGAGGCCGCCGACGUAUCUCCCAAUCGACUCUGAGGAGCAGGAAGCUCUAACGUCGAAGUGCUUCCUGAUGCUGAGCACCAGCGGCAUCAACCAGCCGGUCGGAGGAGAGCCGAUCGAAGAGAGGAUGACAGCGAGGUGUAACUGGGACCUGUGCAAACAACUGUUGGACAGAUUCUGGGCUCGGUGA